GAGGUUUCGGCGCCUGUGAGUGACGUCAGGAGACGCGGUUUCUGUGGUAACCGGACGCCUCGGCCUAGUGAUGGCGCCGAUCCUGGCAGCUCCUCGGGCUUUAUUACUUUUUAUAGCCGCCGUGCUGUGGGGGCUCCGGGCAGUGAGCGGUGUGGCCAUCUGCACGUGCGACCUUUCACCUGGAAGUUGUGACCUUAACUGCUGCUGUGACCCCGACUGCUCGCCCGGUGACCCCACAAACGUCUUCUCCUUCUGUUUACCUGGAAGCACCAAGGCAGAACGUUGGCGGUGUCUCUACAACUGGCUCAUCUUUAGGAAUAACACGCCCUACCCCGCCGCCAUCCUGGGCGCGCCCCCCGCACAGCUCUUCUGCGUCUCCUCCGCAGAUGCCUCCCUGAAUUACUUUGCGACCCCUCAGAAGGUGGAUGCAGCAAACUUCGCCUCCGUCAGUGAUCCGUACCGCGGAGCAUCCUUCUCUCCGACCUCUGCCGGCGCGCCCGCCUUCUCCGCCUUCUACCGGGCCGGCGACCCCGUUCUCACCGUUUCCACAUCCGGUGCGUUGGGCGCGUUGAUGCAGCCGGCACCCCUGGGAGAUCAGAGCCUGUGUUCAGACAGCAGCCCCGCACGAUUCCUGCAGACGGACGCCACGUCCUGCGUGCGGGCGCUCAGCAAUCUGACCGCCAGCUGUGAGGCCGAGCGCUCCUUGGCAGCGUCCUUCUAUCACCAGGAUGUGUCCGUACUGAGGGUCCCGGCGGAUGCGACGGAUCAGAACGCUGUAACGGUCCCCAUCACCAGCUCCGUGACCGCCGCCCCCGUCCUGCAAGGAAACGUCUGCAAUAACGUCGUUACCCAGGUGAUCUACACGGUGCUGUACAACGGUACGCAGGGCAUCACAAGCGCGAGCGCGGACUUCGCCCUCAGCAACGUGUCCACGGCGAGCGCCCUCAUCAGCCAGACCUUCUCUGUGCUCUACAAGCCCGUUGCUUCGGCCUCUCGUGGUUCUGUCCUGUCGAGGAGUGGAAAUCCUGGAUAUCUUGUUGGACUUCCUGUGCUGAGCGACAUUGGCCGUUUACGCUCUCUGGUAGGAGAGUCUUGCAUUCACAGUGAUGUCCAGUUUGGCGUGAACUCUCUGAGCGGCUGUGCGAUCCGUGGAAUAAACAAUGAAACCUGCAGUGGCCUCCAGGAGCGGGCGUACCAGGUGCUGGUCGGGGGAAGGGCACCAGGGAGCCUGGCAACGUUUGGUAACAUCACCGCCGGGCAGACUGGGGACCGGAUGCCCAUAAUAUACCAGAACUGCAGCCUCCAGGGUGACUGCGCCUCCAGCUGCCUCCUCCCGACCUCCCUGCACAUGCAGAUCCUGUGGGCCCAGGUCGGCCUCCAGUCUAAUCCUCAGGCCCAGGUGCUUGGGGCCCGCUUUGUCUUCCGCUGUCAGUCUGUACAGUGUCGGGACACCACCACUCUCCAGACCCAGGUCUCCUUCACGGACCUGACCAGACGUGGCCCUGCUCCGCGCUCCAGCCCCGCGGUCACCGGCCGAGCGCCCCUGGACUUCUUCUUUCCAUUCAGGAGCAGCGCGGCAGGGACGACACCAGGGACCCUUCUCCUGGGGCUGACGCUCUACAUGCUGACUAUCCUCAAGUAAAGCACCAGGAGGGGGGCAGUGAUGGGUGGAGAGAUUUACAUUU